AUGGGCAGCAACCGUGAGGAGGCUGCUGUGCCCUGGCCGAUGUCCGCAGCAAAUCUGCUGCGCUUUUGUCCCAGAGAGCUCAUAGCUCUGUUACCCAGCAACCACCACCAGGCGUGCAUCUCCUACUGCCACCAUGGAAAAACCACCAUGGUCUCUCAUGGCAGCUGCAACUGGCGGCAGCCCUUGCAGCCGCAACAUCGCAGCAGCCGCAGGCUCCAGCCAUUCUUGGACUGCAAGAACUUGAAACCCGGAGAUGAAUUGAAGAAGAACUUAGACAUGGCAGUGCUCAAAUCUAAGGUUGGAAUUCCCGUGUUUUCACCCCAUUUUUGUGAAUCCUACUUCUGCUGUCAUGAAUUGUCCCUCAUGAUAGACUCAAACAAGAAGGUUAUCCCGAUCUAUUGUGACGUAAAACCUAAUGAGCUUAAGAUUAAGGCUUGGAGAAGCUGCUCCACAGAAGAUCUGGAAAGGUUUAAUCGAGCCCUCCAUGAGGCAAAAGAAAGGAUUGCAAUAACGUUUGAUACAUCCACGGGGAAUUGGUCCGAUUUCCUAGCAAAAGUUUCUGCUGCAGUCAAAGAGAACUUGGACGAGUGCAAUCACUGCAAAGAACUAUUUGCCAAAAGUCCAUCUGGAGCUACUUCUCAACACAAGCGUCACCUCAAAAAUUGCCUACAAAAGAGACUGGCUGUUGGGGAGGAAAAUCGAAAGAGGCAGCAAGUGUUAUCCUUUACCGAAGGACCCUCGGAUGGUAUAACUUCUAUAACUAAUUUCUCCUAUGAUCAUGCUAAAGUACGAGAGUUAGCAGCUCAUAUGGUUCUUGUGCAUGAGUAUCCUUUCUCUAUGUUGGACCAUGUUGCUUUUAACAAGUUCAUGAAAGCUGCAUCUCCAUUUUAUAAAAAGAUUAAUCGGCAAACAGUAAAGGAAGAUUGUGUGACUGCUUACAUGCUUGAAAAGAGAAGGCUGAGAAAUAUUAAAAGUGAUUGGGUGUUACAAAAACGGGUUCUAAAUUUUUGUAAUGUCCCACCUCCUCACACGGGGGUAAUUAUUGCCAAUGCUUUAAGUAAGUGUUUUCUUGAGUGGGGUAUUGAGAAUAAGGUUUCUACUAUCACUGUGGACAAUGCUUCUUAUAAUGAUGUAUGCAUUAGGAGAGUUAAAGAGGAUUUUUCUCUAAGAAAAAGGUUGAGCAUUGGAGGAAAAAUUUUUCAUAUUAGGUGUUGUGCCCAUAUACUUAAUUUGCUUGUUCAAGAUGGGUUUAACCAAAUUGUUGAUGUGAUUGAUGUUGUUCGAGAGGGGAUUAAAUAUUUGAAAAUUUUAGAGUCUCGUCUCAAUGAAUUUGCCAAAAUAAAAAAACAACUUCAAUUGCCUUCUAAAAAUCUCAUUUUGGACUGCCCAACUAGGUGGAACAACACUUAUUUGAUGUUGGCUUCAGCUCUAGAGUUUAGGGAUGUAUUUCCCAGGUAUGGGGACAUUGAUCCUGGGUUUCACUAUGUCCCAAGUGAGCACGAGUGGAUGAAAGUUGAAGAAGUUUGUAAAUUUUUUGGUAUUUUUUAUGAGAUCACCAAUAUUAUUUCUGGAUCCGAUUACCCAACAGCUAACCUUUUUCUUGUAGAGUUGUAUAGGAUUAAAGAGCUAUUAAAUGAAAAAGCUCUCGAUUUUUCUGAUCAUAUUAGGUUUACGGCUGAGAGUAUGGCACAAAAAUUUGACAAGUAUUGGAGUGAAAGCAAGCUAUUCUUGAUCCGAGAUGCAGCCCCUAGGUAUAUUGAUGAGAUUAGAUGCAUUCUUUAUGACCUCUAUAAUGAAUAUGUGGAUGCUCACAUCUCAUCUCAUGGUGAGGAACCACAAAGGGAAGCUGGAAAACGAAAACAUGCAGAACUUUCAAGUAAAUCUACCCAAGGGGCUGCUAAAAAGCUUGGAGUUAAUGUUUUAACAGGGAAAGAAAAAUUUCAGAUGAUUGUUAGUGAAAUUGACAAGACUCUCCCUGAAAAAUCAGAUUUAGAUGUCUAUUUGGAAGAGGGCGGAUAUGUUUGUGAUGCAAAUGCAAAUCUUGAUGUCCUGAGUUGGUGGAAAGGGGAAAGAUGGAGGUUUCCUAUAUUGUCAAGAUUGGCAAGUGAUGUACUCGAUAUUCCAGGUACAACCGUGGCGUCCGAAUCUACUUUCAGUGCUGGUGGUAGAAUAAUCGAUGAUAUGCGUGCUUCUAUGUCUGUUGAAACGGUGCAAAUGCUACUUUGUGGGAAUGAUUGGAUCCGCAAUCUUCAUGGGUUAAAAAACAAGUCUCGUGAACCACUCGAUAUUCCCGAAUCAUCUACAAUUGAAGAAAUUGAUCUUCCGGACAUUUGA